CUAACAUCUCCAACCAUGAGGUCACUAAGCUACUCUCUUGUUAAUGAAGAGGAGGACUGCUGGACGGAGAAAGAAGCUCUCGUCAAAGAGGAGAAGGAAGAGAAGGUUAUCACAGUAAAACAAGAAGUAGAGGGUGAGGCUGUUACAGUGAAAGAAGAAGAGAAAGACGUUACAGUGAAAGAAGAGGAAGACGCCUUCAGAUUGAAAGAGGAUGUUACAGUAAAAGAAGAGGAGGAAGAGAAAGAGGAGGCUGCAGUUUUUGGAGUGAAAGAGGAGGAUGGGGAGAUGACUGUCACAUUGGAAGAAGAGGAGGAGGAAACUGAAUAUCUGGGCUCGGUUUCCCAAACGCAUCUUAAGGCAUCCAAUGGUUCUAAUGAUGAACGGGCCCUGAUUAACACUAAACUUCCCAUUUGAAUCAAUAAGGAUUGCAGUUGUGGGUGACUAUAUGGCUGGAGCAGACUGGGAGGCUGGUAUUCUGACCUGGGCUGGAGC